GAAAAGGCGGGGGGGAGGGGGGUGGUGUCCCCGGCCGGUUUGGGGGGUGCGUUGCCCGGAGACGGAAAGUUUGGGAGCCGGAGCGGGCUCGGCCGCAGCCCUGGGAAGGGGGUCCAGGGGGCGGUGGCCCUGGGGAUGGGGAAGGAGCAGGAGCUGCUGGAGGCAGCCCGCACAGGGCACCUCCCGGCCGUGGAGAAGCUGCUGUCCGGGAAGCGGCUCUCCUCGGGCUUCGGGGGCGGCGGCGGCGGCGGCUCCUCCGGGAGCGGCGGCGGCGGCAGCGGCCUCGGGUCCUCGAGCCAUCCCCUCUCCAGUCUGCUCAGCAUCUGGAGAGGGCCCAAUGUGAACUGUGUUGACAGCACCGGGUAUACACCGCUGCACCAUGCUGCUUUGAAUGGCCAUAAGGAUGUGGUUGAGGUUCUUCUGAGGAACGAUGCGUUGACCAAUGUGGCUGAUUCCAAAGGCUGUUACCCUCUGCACUUGGCAGCCUGGAAAGGAGAUGCCCAGAUAGUGCGGUUGCUCAUCCAUCAAGGGCCCUCACACACCAGAGUCAACGAACAGAACAACGACAAUGAGACAGCCCUGCACUGCGCCGCGCAGUACGGCCACACGGAGGUGGUGAAGGUCCUCUUAGAGGAGCUGACAGACCCCACCAUGCGCAACAACAAAUUCGAGACGCCCCUGGACCUGGCUGCUCUGUACGGGAGACUGGAGGUGGUGAAGAUGCUCCUCAACGCGCACCCCAACCUCCUGGGCUGCAACACUAGGAAGCACACGCCCUUGCACUUGGCGGCACGGAACGGCCACAGAGCUGUGGUGCAGGUCCUGCUGGAUGCCGGCAUGGACAGCAACUACCAGACGGAGAAGGGCAGUGCUUUGCAUGAGGCUGCUCUGUUUGGCAAGACUGAUGUGGUGCAAAUCCUGCUGGCUGCAGGAAUUGAUGUCAACAUAAAAGAUAACCGUGGUCUGACUGCCCUAGACACUGUCCGGGAACUGCCUUCUCAAAAGAGCCAGCAGAUAGCGGCGCUUAUUGAAGAUCACAUGACUGGAAAAAGAGGUGCAAAAGAGGCCGAUAGAACCCCCACGUCCCAGGGACCUCUCAUCUCCAGUAUGGACUCCGUAUCCCAGGAGUCUCAGGGUGAUGUGGAGAAAGCAGUGACUGAACUGAUCAUUGAUUUUGACAUAAACGCUGAAGAGGAGGGUCCCUACGAGGCGCUGUAUAACGCUGUCUCCUGCCAUUCGUUGGACAGCAUGGCCAGUGGCCGAUCAUCUGACCGAGACUCCAUGAACAAGGAGGCCGAGGCAGCAGGAGUGAAGACUGCUGGAGUGAGGCCUAGGGAACGGCCACCGCCUCCAGCAAAGCCACCACCUGAUGAAGAGGAGGAAGACCGCAUAGAUAAGAAGUAUUUUCCCUUGACAGCUUCUGAGGUCUUGGCCAUGAGACCCUGGAUUCAGGGAAGCACAGCCCGGGAAGAGGAGGAGCAUCCUUAUGAGCUGUUGUUAACAGCAGAAACCAAGAAGCUGGGAUCCAUGGAUGGGGAUGGAAAACCAAAAGACCACAGGCGGAGCAGCAGCAGCCGGAGCCAGGACUCUGCAGAGGGGCAGGACGGGCAGGUCCCAGAGCAGUUCUCAGGUCUCCUCCACGGCUCCUCCCCGGUGUGUGAGGUGGGGCAGGACCCUUUCCAGCUGCUCUCUGCCCCUGGCCAGAGCCAUCCAGAAGGGUCCCCCACACAGGGCGCCUGUCACGAGGCCAGCAUGCAGCUGGAGGAGAUGGGUGUGCACGCUCCUGGAGCCUCCCCGCCCAGAGUCCUGGACCAGAGUAAGAGAGCAGGUUACUCGGCUGGCCUGCCCACCACCAACAGCCAAUCGCACCCCGAAACUUUGACUCACACGGCAUCUCAACACCCUGGUGGUGCUGAGGAAGAAAGAGACCGGAGUGGGGCUAGGAGCCGAGCCCCUCCCACCAGCAAACCCAAAGCUGAACUCAAACUCAGCCGCAGCUUGUCCAAGUCUGACUCUGAUCUCCUGACCUGCUCACCCACGGAGGACACUACAAUGGGGAGCCGAAGCGAGUCCUUGUCCAACUGCAGCAUCGGGAAGAAGAGGCUGGAGAAGUCGCCCUCCUUUGCCUCAGAGUGGGAUGAGAUUGAGAAAAUCAUGAGCUCUAUUGGCGAAGGGAUUGACUUUUCUCAGGAACAGCAGAAGAUCUCAGGUUCGCGGACGCUGGAGCAGAGCGUCGGGGAGUGGCUGGAGGCCGUUGGGCUGCAGCAGUAUGAGAGCAGGUUGCUUCUGAAUGGCUUUGACGAUGUCCGCUUCCUGGGGUCUAACGUGAUGGAAGAGCAAGACCUGCGGGAGAUCGGCAUCAGUGACCCACAGCACCGGCGGAAGCUGCUCCAGGCAGCGCGAUCCCUGCCCAAGGUGAAAGCGCUGGGCUGUGACGGCAGCAGUCCCCCAUCAGUACCCUCCUGGCUAGACUCCCUGGGGCUGCAGGACUACGUGCAUUCCUUCCUGUCCAGCGGCUACAGCUCUAUUGACACUGUGAAGAACCUCUGGGAACUGGAGCUUGUCAACGUGCUGAAGGUCCAUCUCCUCGGCCACCGCAAGCGCAUCAUCGCCUCCCUGGCAGACAGACCAUACGAGGAGCCGCCUCAGAAGCCCCCUCGGUUUUCCCAGCUGAGAUGCCAGGAUUUGCUCUCCCAGACGUCGUCCCCACUGAGCCAGAAUGACUCCUGCACCGGCCGCUCUGCAGACUUGCUACUGCCUCCAGGGGACACGGACAGGAGGCGGCACGACAGUCUUCAUGACCCUGCGGCACCUUCUCGAGCGGAGCGCUUCCGAAUCCAGGAAGAGCAGCGCGAAGCGAAACUGACCCUCCGGCCCCCCAGCCUGGCUGCCCCCUACGCCCCAGUGCAGAGCUGGCAACACCAGCCAGAGAAACUCAUCUUCGAGUCCUGCGGUUAUGAAGCCAACUAUCUGGGCUCCAUGUUGAUCAAAGAUCUUCGAGGGACGGAAUCCACACAGGAUGCCUGUGCAAAGAUGCGGAAAUCCACCGAGCACAUGAAGAAGAUCCCCACUAUCAUCCUGUCCAUCACAUACAAAGGUGUCAAGUUCAUCGAUGCCUCCAACAAGAAUGUCAUUGCGGAGCAUGAGAUUCGGAACAUUUCCUGUGCAGCCCAGGACCCAGAGGACCUCUGCACCUUUGCCUACAUCACCAAGGACCUGCAGACCAGCCACCACUAUUGCCAUGUGUUCAGCACGGUGGAUGUGAAUCUGACCUAUGAGAUCAUCCUGACACUGGGCCAGGCGUUCGAGGUGGCCUAUCAGCUGGCCCUGCAGGCCCAGAAGUCCCGCUCCCUGGGGCCUUCCACCGCUGAGAUGAUUGAAACAAAAUCUUCCAAACCGGUGCCUAAGCCUCGGGUCGGCACGAGGAAGUCAGCAGUGCCGCCGCCCCCCGAUAGUCGCUGUUGUCACUGUCACACCUGCACCACCCAUCGUCCUUCUUACCUACCGCUGCCGUCUGUUAGUCCUGGAGUCAAGCUGGAACCACCCGAUACGGACCCAGAUGCCCAGUCCCAUGCCAGCGUCUCCUGGGUUGUGGACCCUAAACCGGACUCUAAGCGGAGCCUCAGCACCAAGUAUGAGACCACUAUCUUCUAACCGCUCACUCCCUGUCUCCACUAGUCUCACUGUGCCUUGCCAUCCGACCUCUGCUCUUCUCAGCUCUCCUUCCGGCUGCUGACGCCAAGGCCCCAGCCCUGGGGAGCCCUGCUCUCCCUGCCGGCAGCCGCUCUAGGCACCACACUCACAGCUCGUACCCAACACCACCGGACACUGUGAAGUCCCCCCUUGGGCGAGGACAGCCUGGCGGGGGUGGGGGUGUGAGUUGUCUUCCAGGUGGUCACCAGGAGGGCUCAGUGGGCAGGCACUGUGAACCCUGGGGCGGGGGGCAGCCCUCGAGCAGAGCCAGACGGCACCCGUGACCGCUCCCCCUGACUAGGCUGGGCUCUUGGUCUGCUCUCCUCUCCCGGCUUCUGCGCUGAGCCGCAGCUGGGUGCCGCUGCCAAGAGCGAACUUUUUGCACCUUUCCUGAUACAACCAACCACUGUGACCACCCGGUGCCAGAAUCCCCUUGCUCUCCGCUCAUGGCUGGCCUGCGGCCCCAAUCCUCUGUCCUCUGCCGUCAGGUGCUGGCCUCCCUCCUGCAAGAGCCCGAGCUGGGCGGCACGGCUCACCUAGGCUCAUACUGCGUUCUGUGAGGGCCCGAGGUCCUCAGGCACGUGCCUGACUCCACAGCCUGGAGCUCUGAGCAUCUCAACAGCCACAGGCUGGCUUCCCUGAGCAGGUCUCUGGGUCCCGCUGAGGCUUCCACUCCGAGGAACGGGAUGGCUGGUGUGCGGUUGGCCACCCCUGUCUUCGCCAGGGCAUAACGAGGCUGUUUCUGGAGUCUAGCUCACCAAGGAGGAAGGCCUUUCUGUAGCAGCCAGCUCGAGGGAGGCCUGUGCCCUGUGCGCACACGGCCCCUUCUUCCCUCACAGCAUGGAGCUACUCCAGGACAGGAACCCGGACCGAGCAGCUCCCACCUUGUCCUCCGGGGGGCUUUCCGACACUGCUCCACAGUGUGGGGGCCAGAGAUAGUCCGCCCCCCUCCACCUCUUGAGUCCCCUGAGGGGGACAGUCUGCCAGCUGGGAUCAUGGAGCUGAGGCUCUGAAGAAGCCCCACAGUGUCUGGGGAGGGCCGAGGAGCUCAGAUGGCAGGAGACAGGCAAGCGGCAGCUCCAUGUAGGCCCAUAGGGAAGCCAGGUGCUCCAGCAGUUCCUGGAGAGGCGCAGCCCAAGGUGGUAGCGUGGGGUGGGUGCUCCCGCCCGCCGGCCUGGCCUCGUGCCUUCAAGAGCAGCCAUGCUGAGCCACAGGUGCUGGGGGAGGCUGUGAGGGAUGUUCCUUGACUUCCAUGCUUCCUUUCAGUUCCCUCCACCCCGUGAAGGCCCCUGUGGUUAACCCUUUCCUCCCCUCAUUGUGUUUGCUUCUGCCAAGCUGAGCCACUGAGGAACCAACUGUGCUGCGGAAACACAGACGUGGGGAGCACAGGCUCUCGCUGCCACCGCCACCACCGCCACCACUGUGUCACCUGCAGCUUUGAAGACCCAGGCCCAGCCUCUGCCAGGAGCAGCUCCUUGGGGCUGCCUGGCCUGGACCUGCCACCACCAGGUCUUACAGAGCAAGCCACAUGCCAGGCCUUGAACAGAGGAAACUGGAAACUCCAGAGAGUCAAGAAGUGACUUGUCCAGAAGACAUUUUUUAUUAGAAAAAAAAAUUUUUCUAUAAAAUGAAUUUUUAAGACUUGGCUCAGACCUCCAGGUUAAACUGCCAAUCUUUAGACAGAUGGCCUCGGGAUCAGAGGACAGGGGGCCCGAGAGUGGCUCCGAGGCCGGUCUGCACAGCCUUCGUCCCUGGCACCGGCUGCUGGCGCGGUCCGGUAGGUUGCAGAGGAGGCAGCGGCCUGUGAGGAAAGAGAAAGCAGGCCCAGGUGGGCAGACGGGAGUGGGGUUGUUCGAGUCUGCUUUCAGACCCAGCCAAGUCGGUUGCUGCUGUUCCUUACGAACUGCACAACUUCUGUCCCCAUUCAGAGCCAGAUGCCACCUCUGCAAUAAGAACAGCCUCAGAGGCACCUGGCAAAAGCAGAGACCCCCGGGCCAUUCCCCGGGUUCCAAAUGUGAAGGCGCGCGGGCCAGACGGGGCUGAGGGAGCUGCUCCUGGUGCCGCGCAGUCUGGGCCGCUCCUUGGCGCCCAAGCCGGCGGUGGUCAGGGCGCCGGCCCACACACGCGUGGGCGGCCUCAGACCUGCCUGUGUUCGGUCAGAAAGGAGAAAAAGCAGCUUUGUUUUGGGCAUUAACGGAUAGGUCAGCUAAGACGGCUACCUGCCGAUUUUUGAUUUGUCUAAUCAGGUCUGUGUGAUUAGGACUCGCUUUGAUUCUCUGAAUUACUAGUUUGACUGUUUUAUUUUUGGCUGCUGGAUUCAUCUCGGGCUCCAAGUGUAGAGAAGGCUAAGUAAGGUGACCGUGGAUUUGGUUCUCCCCCCGCGUUGCCUUCAGGGCAGGCUGGGGCCCUGGCGCACCACUGCCACUUAAGGCCUCCUGCUGGCUUGCUUCACUUGUUAACUUGGACUCUUGCUCUGUGCUCCUGAGGGAGGUGGAAGCCAAUGGGGUAACUGCUGUGAGGCUGAGGGGCAGAGCUGGCUCCUGGCUCCGCUGCUGGCCCAGCCCCUUCCAGGGUAGGGAGCAGAGAGGAGCCCUUCCUCCGUGGCCAACUCAGCAGCAGGCCUCAUGCUUUGCCGGCAUGGGACGGGCUGCUCUCAGCCCCCACGUGCCAGGCUUUGGCGGGACUUCCUUCUCAGCAAAGGCUGAGUUGAAAUUCCCUGUGGGUUGGGUGCACAGAGAGUGCUCUUGGGCACACUCACCGCCCUGUGGUGGCCAGAAAAGGGAAAGCCCGCCAUCUUCCCGCUGCCUUGAGGCUGGGCCUCCUCUCUGGAGCAGGGCCAGGGAACCCCCACCUCCCGGUACUAAACCAGGACCUCAACGCCUGAAGUCUGGCUUCACUUUCUGCUUCUCCCAAAGCCCGGGAGCCUCCCACCAGCUCACACCACACAUGUUUUGCCCCUGCCGACACGCGAGAAUCGACCAGGGAACCAGAGGGGUCAGCACCCUUCCUUCCCCUAACAAGGGGGGCCUGGCCUCAGCUAAGCGCGCCUCUCCUCUCGGGGGGUCGGCAGGUCCAAAAAGCAAACUGUAGACACUACGAUGAGCUGCUCGAGCUGCCUUUUUGUUUUUAAAUCACAUGUAGGUGUUUCCUCCCCUUGAAGCUGCUAUAUCUUUAUUUAUUCAGGGUGUUGUCAUAUUGGAAAGCCUUGGCUAGUCUGUGCUGGCUCUGGAUUUGCUUUUGAGAUUGGUUUAUUUCUGGAUAGCUGAGAAGGGUAGGGACUGGAUCUUUUCUUCUUUCCUUUUUACUUCUCCCCGGGGCAGGUAUUCUCUCUCCCUUCGAAAAGGGUGGUGUGAUUUCAAGGACAGGCUUGGAGCAGAAAAGCCGCCUGGUCCCACACCCGAGUUCGGAGGCAGGGUCUGAGCCGUGCAGGGCCCCUCUGGGCAGCCUUGUGAGGGAGUCGUACCUUCCCCAGACCCGGCUUCUCUGCUUGCCUCCCUUCUGCUUGCCAGCCACUCCAAGCCGUAGGAACCCUACUGCCAGGCUGCAUGUCUGCCAGGCUCUGCCGCCCUUGGUCGGCCUUCGGGAGGCCAGAUCUGCGAGAUGACGGUCGGAAGCAGCUCGCGGAAGUGGUGUUGCUAACGGGGUGGCAAUGGGACUGAAUUGUAAUAAAAAUGUUAUUUAAUCUUUGUCUCUGUAUUUUGAUACUUGAAUGAAUUCCCCUUUUAUUUUACUGUAAAUAGAACUGUUAAUCUGUCUGAUUCUGUCCGAAUUACAAACAUCUUGUGGUACCAAACAUAACGAAUCUGUGUGGCAACAUAGACUGACCUCACUACGCAAGACAGAGCGUCGACAUUCCUGGGCUUCCACCUUCAGUUCGGUUAUUUUCAUAACUGUACAACGUAGAACAGACUGAAUUAAUAAAGAGAAGCAACAUGAAACCA